AUGGCGUCCAGAAGAGUUGUUAUCGCUUGGGCGCUUUGGCUCGCGUUGCCAUUGGCAACCGGCCAUCUCAAUGUGCUGAUCAGCCAGGCAGAAGUAAUGAAAUUGCUAGGUCUAGACGCAGAGCUAUACUACGUGCGAGAAGGCGCGGUGAACACGUACGCGACUAGCUUCAUAGUGCCAGUGCCGGCGCAUAUAGCCGAUCUGGAGUUCAUGUGGCAGUCGCUGGGAAGGAAACCGCUGGCGUACGUGAUGGGCAUAGAGUAUGAGAGCAGAGGCGCCAUGCUGCCGCCGCAGGUCAACAUCUCCGAGCGCGGUUAUGUGCCUACCACGCUGCAGACUUUUAGGGUGCGUUUACCAUGCACGGGUUCCCGCAGCGCGGAGAUCCUGGUGACGAUGCAGCUGAACAUCUCCGCGCCGGACAGAGACCACAAGGACGUCAGACUCACCUUCAAGAGGAACAAGAUCUGUUUGAAAGGUCUAUCAACGGUGGUCCACAACGAAACAGCCCGGCUGGCGGGGGACGCGGGGCGAGGCGGGGGCGGGGUGUUCUUCGCGGCGGGGGGCUGCGCGGCUGCAGCACUGGCACUGCUGGCGGGCGCUGCUGCCGGCACGCUGUAUAAGAAAGGCAGCAAGGCGCGCCAUCAUGACUCUAUACAUACAUCCUACACUACGGCGGCUUACGGCAGCCAUCAGAACGUUCUGCUACGACUGGACACCCUCGCUCGCCCACCCAGCUCCACUGGCUCAUAUGCAACAAUAGCCAGCUUACACAAGUUUCCAUUUGGUAGUAGAAGAUCCCCGUCGCCGUACGCGACGACGCACAUCAGCGAGCACGUUUAUGCCAAGCCCGAGUCGCGAGUUUCGUAUUACGCCGCAUCCAACCUCACUCACGUUUCUCAGCAAACCUCCCCCAAGGACCGCGUGACGGAUCCUGCAGAGCAGCUGCGCCACCUGACCACCCCCCGGGCCAACAUCCGUCUGGAGAUCCUCAUCCAUGAGGGUACCUUCGGCCGAGUUUACAAGGGGGUGUUCAAGAAGGGCGACACGUAUGAGGAGGUGGUGGUGAAGACUGUGUCGGACGCAGCAUCAGCAAUGCAGGCUGCUCUACUCGUGGCUGAAGGUCUGCGGUUGUUCGGCUUAGCACAUACCAAUGUGUUAGCACCGAUGGCGGCCUGCGCGGAGGAGGCGAGGAAACCCCUGCUGGUUUACUGCUGUGUGUCGCAUUCUUCUAAUCUAAAGAGGUUCCUAACAUCUUGCCGCCUGGGCCAACAAGCGGCUCCAGCUACGAGGGAGCUGGUAGACCUGGGAGCUCAGAUCGCCUGUGGAAUAGCCUACCUCCACGUCCAGAGAUUGGUGCACGCUGACAUCGCCGCGCGGAACUGCAUUGUGGAUGAGAAGCUGCGAGUGAAAGUGACCGACAACGGCCUGUCGCGCGACUUGUUCCCUGAAGACUACCACUGUCUUGGCGACAACGAGAACCGACCUGUCAAGUGGAUGGCGCCGGAGUCGCUGCUCCAAGACCACUAUACAACGGCGUCCGAUGUGUGGUCUCUCGGCGUGACGCUAUGGGAGCUGGCGACGCUGGGGUCGGCCCCGCUGGCGGAGCUCGACGCGGCCGAUGCUGGCGCCUUCCUCGCCGCCGGGUAUAGACCUGCUCAACCUCAUAAUUGUCCGGAUGAGUUGUACGGUUUCAUGUCGUGGUGCUGGUCUACGGUGCCCACCGAGCGGCCCAGUGCACCGCAGCUGCUUGCGGCCCUACAUGAUUUUAGGCAAGCGCUCAGCACCUAUAUCUAAGUCUUACUACACAAUUUUCUGUGGAUCUAAAACUAGGUCUUAAUGUGCAUAAUAU